UUUAUAUUGUUGAGGGCAACAUAACCUACAUACUCGUUGAAAAACAACAUAUUAAAUAUUUAAAAUCUUUCUAUUUCUCAAAUUUCAAUCUACUUAUUAACGAAGCAUGUCAUUGGUUCAAGAUGCAGUUCCCACUUUACCAGAAAAUUUUAAUCAUAAAAAAUAUUUUUUUAAAGAAAGGAUCAAUGGAGAUGUAUUAAAACAGAUAAUAUGCGAUUUAGAUUAUACAGAAAUGGUUUCUAUAAUUUUUUUAAUGACAGAUAAAAAUACCAAUGUUUUUGAGAUUAUUGAACUUAUACAAGAGACUUCCUUUGCCAAGUUUAUUCUAUUAACUAAAACUAACACUGGCUGGCAAGAAAAGUUAAUAGAAAUUUUAAUUAUUAUUGGUAAUUUCAAUGUUAUUCGAAAAUUGGGUUUUAACGAAACUCAAAUUACAUCAAUGAAGGAACAAUUUGUAUCCAACAUACAUAACGUCACGCCAAAUUUAAAUCGAGUAAUAAAAAGUUUAUAUUUUGUAUGUGAAUCUUUAAAUGGAAAGGAAGUAGAUAAGUUAAUAACUGAAGUGAAUAAAUCGUUGAAUGUUCCAUUGAUAACAGAUAAAAGCACUCUAUGUUUGGAACUUUAUAUGUUACAUUGGAUGAAGGAGAAAUAUAUUACGAUUGAUCAAAAUAAUCCUGAUUUGAAUAACUUAAUACAAACUUUAAAAAAAAUGGGAUUAUUAUAUAAUUUACCAUUUAAUUUUGAAUACUGGAAAAACAUAGAAGUGAAUCAACAAACAAUAAAAAAUGAUAAUUCUUUACAACAUAGAAGUUGUAAUAAUCCAUACUCUGAACUUCAAAAAGAUUUUAUAAUUUCUUGGUCUGAAGAACAUAAAAGACUUUGCCUUAUUAUAAAUGAAAUAAACUUCACAGAUAAUAUCAAGUAUAAAACAAGAUUAGGAUCUAAUAUAGAUGAGGAAAACUUAAAAAAUACUUUCAAAGGCUGUAAAUUCGAUAUAAAAGUAUAUCGAGACUUAACAAAGAUAGAAAUGAUGAAAUUUUUGAAUUCUUUAAACGAAUCUCCAUAUAAUAAUUAUGGUUCUAUCUUCAUAUGUAUAUUGAGUCAUGGUUAUGAAGGUGAAGUCGUAUUUUCUGAUGGUGAAACAGUAGCUAUAAAAAUAAUAGAAGAAAAAUUCUGUUGUCAAAAUUUACAGAAAGUAUUCAAAUUUGUAAUUUUACAAUCAUGCCAAGGUAAACAAAUAGGUACAAUAGAGAGAAACCUUAAUGUAGAUGAAUCAUCGAAAUUAGUUACAGAUGGCCCAACUUGCCCUAUUUAUCAUAUGCACUUUGGUCUCUUUCAAGCAACUAUAAGUAGCUUUGCCGCAAUGAGAAAUGAAUCUAAAGGUACAUGGUUCAUUCAAGAUAUUUGUGAUGAGCUAAAGAAAUCGACACCAGUUACAGUUAAAGAAUGGGUUCAAGCAGUUACGAAACGCUUAAGUAAUCGAAGAGAUAAAUCUAAAUAUUAUAAUAAAGAUAUUGUUCAAGUACCUCGAUUUAUUAGCAGUAUGUCAGUGGAUUAUCUUCUACCUCAGUAUGUUGAAAAUUGUUAAAAUUUU